AUGCAUGGACUACUGUCGCUGAGCGUGCGCCCAACACAUAUUAAAGGAAUAACUACCCUGAAAGCGAUUCGUUGUUUCUACAAAACUACUAUACCACUUCGAUGUAAGGUUGAAGUUGGUAAGGAGGCGAAAAGUUUAGUUGAGAAAGCAGCGAGAAAGAUGGAUCCGUUUUCUGGUGGACAAAAUGAACCAACCAUGAACUUCAGACAUCAUAUUGGCUUUCAUGGAUUCGAAUUGUACCCUAUUCAAAUUCAAGUUAUUGCAUGGGCUACUAUACUUUCACUUAUAGCCUACUAUGCCUUUGCAAAAAUUGAAAUCGUCAUUGAUCGAAGCUACAAGAACGAUCCAUUCACCUGGGCUACAAUGAAAGAUCGCGAUCGUGAUUACGUUGCUUUUGGUUUUGAAAGAAAACCAGCAGUACCACGUUUGGAUCUGUUGGAAACACUGCAAGAGGAGAUGAUUGCGGAAGCAAGGAAACGUGGUACUCGUAAGUAA